CCUGUUUGAAAGCUCGCGGCUUGACGCGGCUGCGGCAACGUGGAUCAACUUCAACUGGAUUUUGACGUCGAAAAGGAGGGAAGAAGUUGAGUCGGCUGAUUUUAUUUAAAUCCCCCCGCCCCCUCUCAACAGGACACAUCGGGACAGCCGGAUGAAAUGACGGACCUGGUGGUUUCCUUGGCGGUGUUGGGGGUCGCCGUCCUCCUCAGCGAGGCGAUCCGCCGGACAGCUGCGCGGUGUUCGCCCGGCGCGUACCGGAUUUACCUGCUGGAAGCGGCGUCCACCUUCCAGCUCUGUUGCUGCACACAUGAACUAAAGCUGCUGGGUGAGACUGCCCGGCUGCAGCUGCCGGUCAGCCUGACCCUCACGUACACCAUGACAGUCAUACAUGUAGCCUCUUUCCGGGGAGCCACAUGUAAUCCCAGCGGAGUUCUGGAGAGCGUCUGCCGCGGCACCAGCGGCGCCCGCGCAGCUGUUCUCCUCAUAGCCUGCCAGUUCGGAGCUGCCUUCGCGGCGCAGUACUUCGCAGCCUCCGUGUGGACUCUGGGUCUUUCUGACGUCCACGUUAACCACCAGAAGUUCGAGUUCAGAUGCUUCGACCCCCUGGGGGGCACUCUAUUGGAGGCCGCGGCCGUGGAGCUGGGCUGUGCUUUCACCGUCCAGGCUGCAGCCAUGCAUGUUCACAAAGUGGACGAAAAACUUCGCGCUCACUUCAUCGCUGCGGUCAUCACCGCGAUGGUUUACACAGGUGGAAGUAUCUCAGGAGCUGUUUUUAACCCCGUGCUGGCCUUCUCCGUCCAGUUCCCCUGCAGCGGCCACACCUACCUGGAGUACUGCUUCGUGUACUGGCUGGGACCAAUUCUGGGCGUGGCGAGCUGCAUCCUGCUGUUUGAGAAGCUCAUCCCUUUCCUGUCCGGGAAGAGUACCAUUGGACUGGACGUCCCCGCUGCCGCCCCGAAGCAGAAGACGCAGUAGAAGAAGAGCAGCACACACCAAAGUGAACCUUCAGUCAGUUUGUGGGUCUAUUUUAAAAGUCUUUUGUGUUUCUUCACAAGUGUAUGUAAACGUGCCAACGCUUCAAUGGUGAAUCUUAGUGAGGCACCUGUUGCACUAACUUUUUAAUUUCACAUUUUCAAACGACUUUCAUUAUGAGCAAAUCAUUUCUCCACUUUGUCCGUUAACAGCACAAUGUAGGAAAAACAGAUAUUAAAAACAUGGGGGGGGGGGGGGGGGGGGGCGUUUUCUUUGUAACUAAAGCACAAUGAGCUUCAUGACUUUGGGAAUUAAUGAUUUGCGGUGGGAAAAAAAAAAAUUCAAUACUCUGAGACCCUGAACUGCUGCUAAAAACACUACAGAUCUUAAUUCAUAGGCUUUAGUACGACACACUUUCUACUCAGAUUGAAAUGUUGUGAAAGUGUUGAAGGCAACAUGGUUACUACGGUAACAGUUUUUGGAACUUUGGAACUCUGGGUGCUGUUGUUGCUAGGAGACAAGGUGUGACGUUCUGUUGUGUACUACUCCAUAAAGCAUACAACCACUGAGCACAUUAGGACCUGUGUCCAUUAUCAGUGCCUAUUUGUAAUACUAAAUCUAUGUAGUUCAGCAUUUUCAGUGGCUCAACGUCCUGAACUUUGGAAUCUCUGCAGCGUCCGUCAAUGUCACUUCUCGCUUAUCGACCAAUCAAAAUUAAGCAAAGGGGGCUGGACUUCUGAUACUCGUCUUUUCGAGGGAAACAAGUUCCAGGGUCUAGAGCUGCUGCUAAAGCCAGGACAUGAUUCAUCUACAUGGUUUUCUUCAUGCUAUUUUCUUAAAUAAUGUAAAUUAUUAAGCACAUGGAGCGAUUUAAAAGCGACCUAACGGUUCACUACAGAGGAAUGCACAGGUUGAAUUUUGUAACCUUGCAACAACGAGCGUCGGUGAGAAGCGUUCUGAAACUGAGGUCGUGGUCGCUGGCCAGCUCAAAGAAGCACCAGCCUUCGAUUAAGUGUUGUCUGCACCUGGAGGAACUCACUUCCUGUGGUCGUACGUUUCUUUUCAACUUGGAGACUGACAAACUGUAACAUUUACUCAGACUAGAUAAGAGUUCUGUCUUUAAAGAUGAGAUGUUUGGUAUCUUAGUUUAGUGCUUAGACAAUUUUGAACAAACAGACAUGAUGCAUGUAUGUUAAGAUUCAGUGUGACUUUCAAUUCCUGAGGUUGUUAUCUUCAAUUUUCAUCUUGAAUUUUCACACAGAUCCUUCUUAAAAGUUACACAAAAAAAAUAUGCCUCAAAUAAUGCAAAUCAUUUUGUUUUUAAAGUUUCCGUUUUGUAUGAAAGUCAUGCAGUGAUAUUUGACUACAGAUCCAUGGGCGCUUUGCAAACAGGAUCUGCUACCAGCUCAUUAAUAAAGUAAAUACUGUAUCUGUAGGCAACAGGUACAGUAGUAUAAGAUAUUUACAUGAAGCUGCUCGAGAUGGUAAACGUAUAAAGACAGUGGAAAAGUAACUGAUAUGAAGAGAUUCUAACUGCGGUACACAUCCUUAAACAGAGUCUUAAGUCAGAGGGGGUUACAGGUGAAGGGAAGCCGCACAACUGUUUGGUCUGUUUCAGUUUAUUGAAAGUGGGCUAACUUUGCACACAGAUCAAUGAUGUUCAAAUGUUUGUGAUCACACCACAAAGCUUCUUAUGUGAACACUGUUUUCAGGAAACUGGAUGUCACUUACUGUAGGACACCAUGAUGGUGAUUGAGUCUCUGCUUUUUUUAUCUCCAGAGUUUUGAAGACCAAAGCUUCUGUCGUCAGUUAAACCUUUCCUGCAUUAAUCAUGUCUGUGUGUUGGUCGAGAUAAUUAGUAACUCUCUGUGCAAUAUGAAAGUUCAAAAAAGUACAAAAAAAAUGUCGAUUUCUGUGUGAAUCAAAAAACAAUUCAUUUACAACUUUGAUACCUCGAGAGUCUGGAUGAUGUCCGGAGUACUACCUUUAUGAUUCUCUUAAACAAGAAUGUGAAUGAACAUUGAAAUUCAUUUUCCUUUGCGUUUCUGAUUCAGUUUGUCAGAAAAAUGAACAGUAUAUUUUUAGACAACAUUACAUGACAUGUUACUUUAAAGCAUUUUAAAAAUCUUGUGAAAUAAUUUGAUUAAAAACAAAAAUUUAGAAAAGUUA